AUUGUUCGGUCCGGUUUAAAACUAAUGCUUUGUUCAUCUUAAUAAUAUAACUAGAUUUUUUUAUCUGCGUUUUUAAAACGCAGAAUAUUAUAUGAUAAAAAAUUGAGAAAUUAGAUUGUAUAUACCUACAAAAAAAUCAAUAUUAGCCAACUACCCUAACAUUAUUGUUGAUACUAUUAACAAAUCUAUAAUACAAUACUGUCCCUAUUCAAACCAUCUCAUCUUUCUCUCUCUCACUCUUUCCUCACCAAACAAUCAUCUUCUUCUUCUUUCUUUCUCUCUCUCUUUCUUCUUCCAUUUCAAAUCUUUCUCUCUACUCAAAUUAGUGUUUACUCCAAAAGAAGACCACUUCGAAAAACAUUGGUAAUUUUGUGCUCAACCCUCCAGAUCAUGUCGACGUCAACGCUGUCACUAAUCUCUACUCUUAUGGUGGCGAUUAGGUGGACUCUGACCAUCUCCAGUGAAAAGAAAUCCACCCUUUAUUUACCGCCUCCUGAAUCUGAUUCAAAAAUUAGAGAGUCCGCAACCCAAGAUCUAAACCGCGGUGAGAGAUUCAACGGUCACGACGUGGAUCCGGUGACAAGAAAGUCAGGAUCCACAACCACCACACAGCGUCAAACUAUGAAGGUACACGUGACUAAGGCGGAGAAAACGCAAUGGACGAGAUUGAUUAAGAUAUUCCCGAAGAUCUUCCCAAUGCAUUUUGAUUGUUUGGUGAAGACCACGACGAAGAUGAUGGAGGUGCUAAUCGAUAUAGUGAGCAGAUGAUGCGUCAGUUACAUGCAGUGUAUGGAGAAUGGUUGUUGAAUGAUUGCCGUUGGGAUUUUGUUGUUGAUAAUGUCAAAAGAGCGAGAAUCAUUUUUUUGGGGGAAGGUUCGACACAUGCUGAACUUCUUGCAAUGGCUCAAGAAGAUUAUAACCUGGACAUGAGCACAUAAUAUGUGGAGAUAACCUACUCAGUACCAGCAGAAAUGAUGCA